AUGGAACAGAGCUUCACCAUGUCUUGGAAACAGUUAAUUUACUUCACUUCCUCUUUGCCCUCAGUGUCUCUGUUGGGUAAUACCUCCCGUUUAUUUCAGAAUUGGCUUUAGUUCCCGUUCUCGGCUGAGACACAGUGUUACAGUGGAAGGUACAGUCUGUCUUAACAACAAUGUAAAGGCUACUCUUAUUCUUUUGUCUUCACGGCUCUUGAUAUCUUAAUGUAUAUUGUAUGAGCUGAAGUUUAAGAGUUUAAGGACAUGUAUCCAAUUCUAUUCCCAUGUGUUUUGGUCUUAUUCAUCUCCAUUUGUAAAGGCCAACAGCGGAGCAGCUGCAACGUUGUGCCCAAAGAUCAGUACAUCGAAGUGGGAUCCAACACCACGGUCUUCUGCCAGACGUCGUGUAUCGGCGGCAGAAUCUUCUGGAUGCUGAACAACGUACGCGUCAACGAAAGUCUGCCAAACACCGUCAACUCCUCGCACGCAGUGCUGUCGCUGAGGAACUUCACCCUGCACAGCGCAACACUGCAGUGCCACAGUGCCGACACUGAGCAAAUCCUCGGAGGCACCAUCAUCAAAACCUACUCAAAACCCAGCCAAAUACGGUGCAUCUUGCAUUAUGUCAAUCAGUCAAAGGAAGGUAUGCCACAGCUGUUCACCUGCAACUGGGAGCACCAGAAUAAUUCUCCACUCAUGAUAAACUACACUGUGCUUGUGUCCCAGAGGGAAAUCUGCAAUAACGCACGUGUCCAUACAUGCACGUCCAGAGAUAUACAUUUAUCAGGUGAUAUAUCUCUAACGAGGAACAUCAGUGUCACAGUGAGAGCUAAAACUACAGUGUGGGAAGCUAACUCCGACCCAUAUGAGUUUCAUCCCUAUAGAAUAUUGAAAAUGAUCCCUCCAAAGUUAAACGUCACGGUCGCGUCUGAUCAUCUGCUGAUCGAGUGGAGAAGGUCGCUCUCCAGGAGACGCUGUCACUGUCAAGUCAAAUACAACCAGAUUGUCAGUAGCAGCACUCCAGAGUUUGUGCUUAAUGAGACGUUGAGCCGUGAAAAGAACGGGAAAGUGUUUGUAAAAGUGGAAUCCUGCAGUCACUACAAAGUUUCAGUGCGCUGCGCUCUAGACGGCGCCCCCUGGAGCGACUGGAGCCAAGAGAGGACGGUUCUGACUGGACUUAAUAAGACUGAUGUUGAGCUAAACCUGUGGAGGAAGCUCACCAAGCCUGGAACAAAUGGAGUCAGGAAAGUUCAUGUCAUGUGGACGGGGAUUCCUUCAACGUGCCCGGGCACAUUUAGGUACAUUAUAAAGCAGAUCCCGUACAACGAUACAGUGAGCGGAGUCAGUUUUGCAGAAACGUUCUGCAGCGACUCACGACGUUGCGACAUUGACGUGAACCGAGACGCACACAGGAUAAAUCUCACUGUCUUCUUUAAUGAAGCUCUGCUGGUCGAGGACUCUGUUUAUGUUCCAGCUGCUGCGGGAGAAAGCUUCUCUGAAGUUACUGAAAUCCCAUCUUCCCAAGCCAUCGGAGGUGUUAUUGUGGUCAGCUGGAAAGCUCCUGUCCAGCCUGUCAGAGGUUACAUGAUCGACUGGACCCACAACGGAAAUCAAUAUUAUUGGAUGGAAACUGAAUACACCAACAUGACACUGUCUGGCCUCCUUGAAAAGAAAAAAUACAGUGUCACGGUAACUCCCCUCUUUCCUGACAGGACAGGUCAUGGCUCAGAAGCUCUUCACAUCUGUUCCUCAGUAGGAGAUCCAGAUAACGUCACCAUCGGCGCUGUUCACGCUUCCGACAAAAGUGCUGACGUGAAAUGGAGCACCAAACUGCAGGAGGAAUGCAGUGGCGCCAUUAUCAACUACACAAUCUUCUAUAGUUCUCAGGAAGGACCAAGUCUCAAUUUCACUGUCGAUGGCAAACAGCGGGGUGCGUUUCUGAAAGAUCUGAGACCGGACGUACAGUAUAGUGUCUAUGUGAGGGCCACAGCUUUGAGUGGAACCUCGGAAAGCAGCGAGAGGCUCUUUAAAACCAAGAAAUUCGAUCCGAGACUCAGCACCGUACUCAGCGUGUCCGGAAGCAUCAUCAUCAUUCUUGUGCUGUCGCUCGGAUUGUGCUGCACUAUUCAGUGGAAGAGAUUCAAGGAGAAGCUGGUGCCCAACCCAGGCCACAGCUCUCUGGCCCUGUGGCCAUCAGCAGGUCAUCAGAAGGGGACGUGUCCCUUCCAGGCUUUCAGCGAUCCGUCUGCAAGCUUCUGUGACAGAGUUUACACCGAGGAAAUGCAGAUAAUGCCCAGCCCUCCAUCAGGGACAGGCUGUCACGACGACCGGGCCAGCGAGCAGACCGAGGAACACACUGACCCAGCCACAGUUCUCGCACCAGACGCACAAAAUGGCGGACCAGCUGAACCUGUGAAAACACAGCAUCUGUGCCCUGAGGAAUCCACAGAGUUACUGUCUUCUACUGAGGACAACACUUCCAGUGCAUAUCGAAGUCAGAGCACCGGGGAAUCUCCUGCCCUGAGGACAAGUAAACAAUGUAAGCUCGUCCCAUUGAAACAGGAAGACAAACUGGCACCGGUGACUGUGUAUGUCACUCUGGAAAUGUAUGAACAAGACCAGGGUCGGUGAUGGAAACCUGCCAGGUUUCUUGUAUCUUUUGCUGAUCUGUAGUACAAAUGGAUUAACAUGUAGCAUGUAAAUGUGUGUAGAAGCAGCUACAUCUGACAACCAGAUGGACUGUAUGGUGUUGCAUUUUGCCUCCAUGUUCUCUUCCUUUCCUUCAUCUAACACUAUACAUACUGUAUAUGUACUGUAUAUGUACAUAACAAAUUUAUUAGACCACCUGUC